AUGUCCACCGGGUCUCUCAGCGAUGUCGACGACGAGCUCCUGGACGGCAUCCUGAAGUUUGGUUCCUCCGGUAAAGAUUCCAACGAGAGCACGGAGGAGAGCUCAAACGGCGAGGGUUCAUGCGCAAACGAGGAACGGAGAGAAACGCCCGGCAAAAAACGGAAGACAACGUCCAGGAAAACGGCGCCCAAGGGUGUGGCACAACAGGAGGGCAAGCAGGUGCAGAGGAACGCGGCCAACGCCCGGGAAAGAGCCAGGAUGAGAGUCCUCUCCAAAGCCUUCUCCCGGCUUAAGACCUCCUUACCCUGGGUACCACCGGAUACCAAGCUCUCCAAACUGGACACACUGCGCCUGGCGUCUAGCUACAUAGCGCACCUCCGACAGAUACUGGCCAACGACAAAUACGAAAAUGGAUAUAUCCACCCUGUUAACCUGACGUGGCCUUUCAUGGUUGCAGGUAAACCGGAGAACGAUUUGAAGGAGAUGCUGAACUCAACGAGGUUGUGCGGAACUACGGCGUCUUGA